GAAGCUCGCCGGGCGGAGGCGGAAGCAGGAAGCCCGCGGCUGAGGGAAAGACGAGGAACCCAACAGGUCGCCGGGACCGAACCGCCUCGCUCUGUUUCCCACUGCCGCUCGACCAGGCCCGCACCUGAAGCGCCGCCAUGUCUAACAUGGAGAAGCAUCUUUUCAAUUUGAAAUUUGCUGCCAAAGAGCUUACCAGAAAUGCAAAAAAGUGUGAUAAAGAAGAAAAGAUUGAAAAAGUCAAAAUUAAGAAGGCAGUUCAGAAGGGUAACACGGAAGUGGCAAGGAUCCAUGCAGAAAAUGCCAUCCGACAGAAGAACCAAGGAAUCAACUUCCUGCGCAUGAGCGCCCGGGUGGAUGCUGUGGCAGCCAGAGUGCAGACGGCCGUCACGAUGGGCAAAGUAACAAAAUCCAUGGCCGGAGUGGUUAAAUCAAUGGAUGCUACAUUGAAAAGUAUGAACUUAGAAAAGAUUUCUGCCCUGAUGGAUAAAUUUGAACAGCAGUUUGAAACCUUAGAUGUUCAGACAGCACAGAUGGAAGACACCAUGAGCAGUACUACUACACUAACAACACCACAAAACCAAGUAGAUAUGCUCCUUCAAGAAAUGGCUGAUGAAGCUGGGCUUGAUCUGAAUAUGGAACUACCUCAGGGACAAACAGGCUCUGUUGGGACAAGUGUUGCUUCAACAGAACAGGACGAGCUUUCACAAAGACUGGCACGUCUUCGCGAUCAAGUGUAAGGAAGAGUCAGAUCUGCAGUAUUGUACAUAUGCUUCCAGUUUGCAUUCUCUGUAUAUAUUUCGUGGCCUGACUAGGGAUUUCUGUCAAGAUGUUUAAAUAAUCACACCAGUGAACACCUAUCCCUUUUCCCCCCCUUUGCUGUGCUUUCCAAAAUGCAUCUAACUCAAUAGUAAUGUGCCACAAGUGCAUUUUCUAUGUCUCUAUUGUACAUUUUGAAGCUGAAGGUUAUAUUUUUGCAAAUCUCUUUUUCAAUGAUUAAAACGUCACUUGUAUCGGAUGUCGCCGCAAAUAAUCAAACAGAAAGAACAGCCCGUAUAAUUUUAAGUUGCAUAACAAGUUUUUAAAUUAUGGAUAAUGUUUGCAACUAAAUCCCUAAGAUGGUGUGUGUGAUUCACGUGGUGUCGCAUUAAUUAUCAAUAGGAUAAGAUAUAUGUGUAUAACCACCAGUAUUACAUCACUGGAGAAUCUUCCCAAAGCAAGCAAUACUUGUCAUCAACACCUAAAAUCAAGCAAUAUUUAUGCUAUCCCCAUACACCUGAAACUUAUAUAGGUAUCAACAGUUCAGUACCAAAGGAAUAAAAUAUAUUUUUCAACGUUUUUGCCUAGAUUUCCUUAAAAAUAUACGCGACACUCCCAUAUAGAAAGGAAUACCUUGAUAACUGUAAAGAACUAACCAAAACAUCAAGUUUUGAAAUGUCGUUUUAAGAUUGUGGCAUUGUUGGAUCUGAUAGCUUUCUGCUGCGAAGGAAUGAGUGGGGCGAUCGACUGAAUUAUAUCGGAAAUGAAAAUCAACUUGAACAAACAUGAGCAUACAUCUGAAGCAUUCCGUGAGGUAUGCUUCAAUUCUGUCUUUGUAUCUAUGCUUAAAGCAAAUGGUAAGAUAAAGAUGUCUUCAACUCAAA